AUGGUAGGUAGCAGCGUUAAAUCAUUUAACCAAGACACGCUCAACAGGCCCACUAACAAAGCAACAGCACUGACCGUUGAACAGCAAGUAUGCAUUGCACUGCGUUUCUAUGCAUCCGGCUCCUUCUUGCAAGUUAUAGGAGAUACUUUGGGGUAUGACAAAGGAACAGUUUCUCGUGUUGUUAGUGAUGUGACAGAUGCCCUGAUUGACAUUAAGGAUGAUUUUGUGAGUUGGCCUACAGAUGUAGAUUCCAUCAAUAGGAUAAAAUGUGGGUUUUACAGGCAAUGCAACUUUCCGAAUGUUUUGGGGUGCAUUGACUGCACGCAUGUGAGGAUACAGGCACCAUCAGAUGAUGAACCAUCCUAUGUCAACAGAAAGGGGUACCACAGCAUAAAUGUGCUAGCUGUCUGUGAUUUUGAAGGCAGGUUUACCAAUAUAUUUGCAAACUGGCCAGGCUCCACUCACGACUCCCACAUAUUCAACACAUCAACUUUGUCUAAUUACCUCCAGACAAAUCACAGGGGAUUGAUAGAUGGUGUUAUUCUUGGGGACAGUGGAUAUGCUUGUCGCCCUUUCCUGCUUACUCCAUAUGCCAAUCCAAUAGAGAGACACCAGCAAAGGUUCAACGGAUGCCAUGCCAGUACUAGAUCCGUUAUAGAGAGGACUUUUGGUAUUUUGAAAAGACGGUUUCAUGUUCAGCAUUCUGAGGUAUAUUUAUAUUAA